AGGCAGCCAGCAAGUAUGUGAGUGUGUGUGUGUGUGUUUGAGCAAGAGGGAGAGAGAAGAUGCAUCUGAGUGUGUGUGUGGUGGAGGAGGUGGUGGGUAUUAUGCACCCUGGAUGUUGCCUCGUGCUUUAAACAGUUGCCUACAAGCCCAGGUAGUGUGUGCCGGCUUCUAAAUAAGCAGCACAUUCACCGUCCCCUUCAGGACGGGAGGCAAGGCUGCAGAGUGUGAAAUCAGACUAAUACAGUGGCGUAGGACUGAGCAGGAGCAGGAAGAAGCUCCCGCAUGACUUACUCAGACUAGAGGGGUAGAGAGAGAGGGAUAGAGAGAGAGAGAGAGAGAGGACAAGAACCAGCAGAAGAUAAAGAGGGGAUUGGACAUCAGAGAUAAAAGGGAAAAAACAGAAAGGAUCAUGAAGACAUCUUUGCCCUGUUUCAGAGGGGGUUGCAGCCUGGUCAGUGUGUGAAGACAAUAUUUGAACAGCCUGACCAGCUUGAGCUGCUUUGGACCAAAGGCGAUGGUGUCAUCUUGAUAUGCUGUUCGUGUGACCUGGGAGUCCCUAAAUCCCAAACCACAUAGCUUUGGAAAACCCUGGAAAUACCUGGAAUUCUAGGAGUAUCUCACCAAAACAACUUCAGGUGCCCAGGCACCGAAUCAAUAGCUUUACACUUUUCAUUAAUUUUCUGCAUACAAAGAAGAACCAUCACAAUAUUAGUAAUAGUGGUUGCCUGUCCAUGUCCACAAGAAGCGUGCUGAGACCAGGAGGGCGUGACCUUUCUGCAUGCUGACUUCAAACAAUCACCCGAGUUGGAGACCCAGUCAAAGAGGGGACACUCAGACCAAAAACCUCUAUCAGGCCUAGAUGCGAUGAACGCCUCAUGUAGGCAUCAGCAUGGACAGCUGUGAGUCUCCCGUGGUUUCUGGGACAGAGGAUGGGCUCAGCUCCUCCCAACAGCAGCAACCACCACAGCCCUGGAACGAUCACUCAAGCUCACAGGUCACUUGCACCAACCAGGCCCCUUCUCUGGAUACCCUGUCCCUCUCGGGGUCGUAUCCUUCUCAGCCCCUGAACUCCAUUGCCCCUCAUGACGGGGUGAGAGACCUACAGUCACAGCAGCCGCAGCCAAAACAGAGUUUACCCCAGGCUCACCGUGAUAGCUCUGCCAUUGGCCAGCUGCAUUCCAGGAGAGAGGGUCUUGAAGAAGUGGUACAGGAGGGAGUGAGUUGUGAAGAGGAAGAAUCGGAGGACUUGGAUGAAAUGGAGAUUGACAGCUGUUUUCCAAGUCUUCAGCCCUUUCCUGGAGUGCCAAUAACUUCAGGAGUAGGAGGUAUGCCCACUCUUUUGCGACAUCAGCCCACGCAACAGCAGGGACCACCUGAGAGUGGGAGUGAAGAAGGAGAAGAGGAAGAGGAAGAGGAGAGUAGUGAUGUGGAAAACUUGACUGGAGAGAUAGUCUACCAGCCAGACGGCUCAGCAUACAUUGUGGAGAGCCUCAGUCAAUUGAUCCAAAGUAGUGGAAGUAUGGUACCUGGCCUGCUUCCUACAAACUCUGUCACAAGUGGGGGAAAACUGGGAGAACCAGCUGGGGUUUCAUCCUCAGUUUACCCACAGAUCAUCAACACUUUCCACAUAGCAUCAUCUUUUGGGAAGUGGUUUGGUAACUCGGACCAAGGAUUUCCCAAUACCUCAUCAAUGACAGGUCUCAGCCCUGUCCUGCACAGUUUUCGUGUCUUCGAUGUACGGCACAAAAGCAACAAGGAUUACCUGAACAGCGAUGGGUCUGCCAAGAAGUCCUGCGUAUCCAAAGAUGUUCCCAACAAUGUGGAUUUUUCCAAAUUUGAUGGACUAGCCCUUUAUGGAAAGGGUAAGCCCAUUCUAAUGUGUUUUCUCUGCAAGUUGUCCUUUGGCUAUGCUCGUUCCUUUGCCACUCAUGCUGUCCAUGAUCACCGCAUGACACUGUGUGAAGAUGAACGGCAGCUGUUAGGGGACAAGCAUGCCUCUGCCAUCAUCCAGGGCAUUGGGAAGGACAAGGAGCCCCUUAUUAGCUUCCUGGAACCAAAAAAUAGGAGCAGUCCUCUGCCACCUACCUUGCUACCCAUUAACUCUGGACAGAGCUUCUAUGGUACAUUUAGUGGUGUUCAUUUGGAGCCUGGAAACAGCAGUGGGGGCAGUGAGACCCUCCUGAACAAAGACUCUGACUCUGGCCUUCUACAACAGCAGCAGCAACAAACACCACUUGGUUCAGUCCUUUCUAUAGGUGGACUAAGUGUUUCCAAAGCAUCCACUCUUACCUCUUCUCCUGGCUCUGCCAAAGACUCCAGUGCCCUGCCCAAACAGGGAGGGAGAAUAGAGGAGCCUGUGGAGAAAGAGUUGGCAUACAAGGGAGAAGAUGUGAGAACUGAGGGACAUGAAAGCAAUGUGCAGCUAUCCAACCAGUUGGGGGGCUCAGAAGAAGAGGAUGAACUAUUGUUAGGGGAAGAGGAAGAUGAGGUGGAGGCAGAAAGCACUGCAGUGGCCUGUGGUGGUAACAGUAGCAGCGGUGGGAGUGAGGUGGGGGAACCAGCUGUCUCAAACCAAAGCAAUUCCAAAUCUCCUUUAUUAUUGCCUAGUAGCACUCUCCAGCCUUCUGCCUGCACCUCUGCAGUCAGUUCCACGCUCAACAGCAAAGCCCUUGCUUCCAUUUCCUCCUCUGUCAAGGAAGAGGCUUCAGCUGCAGAUGGUGGAGGGAGGACAUCAGAGCUCCCUCUGAGCUUUAACUGCCAGGGACAAACAGUUCCCAUGGCAAUAGCGGCAGCUGCCGUCAGAAGGAGCGAGGAUGACCCUGCUGGCACUUCUUCCUCACCUCUGUCCACCAUUGCUGCUGCUGAUGAAAGUGCCAAUCGAGAUAGUGCCACAGCUCCAGAACCAAAUGAUUGCCCAGCAGAAGGAGAGGAUGAAAAUGGAGCCCUUCUGCAUCAUCACCAUAUACACCACCAUCAUCAUCACCUCCACUCGUCAUCUCAUGUUCACUCCCUCUCUCUCCCAGGGGGUUCUUGUGACAUCACAGGGAUGGGGGAGUGUUCACAGAACCAUGGCCCAGGUGGGAGUGGAGGAAGCGGAGUAGAGUGUCCCAAAUGUGAUACCGUUCUGGGGUCAUCACGUUCUUUAGGGGGUCAUAUGACUAUGAUGCAUUCACGCAACUCAUGCAAGACACUAAAGUGUCCCAAAUGCAAUUGGCAUUAUAAGUACCAGCAGACAUUGGAGGCCCAUAUGAAAGAGAAACACCCAGACUCUGGAGGCUCCUGUGUGUAUUGCAGCAGCGGUCAGAGUCACCCUCGUUUGGCUCGUGGUGAAAGUUAUACCUGUGGAUACAAGCCCUUCCGGUGUGAGGUGUGUAACUAUUCCACUACGACAAAGGGCAACUUAAGUAUCCACAUGCAAUCGGAUAAGCACUUAAACAACAUGCAGACACUGCAGAAUGGAGGCACCAUUGGCUCUGCACAGGAGCAGGUCUUUGGACAUACCCCAGGUGGAGUGGUGGCUGUACCUUCAGUGACCCAGGCCAGCAGCCAUCAUACUCCACACCAUCAUCCAACGCAGUCGUCCACUCACAUGUCUGUGCCAUGUGGAGCCCCCUCACCAACAAAGCCGAAGAGCAAACCUACCUGGCGGUGUGAAGUUUGUGACUAUGAAACCAACGUUGCGCGGAAUCUACGCAUCCACAUGACCAGUGAAAAGCACAUGCACAACAUGAUGCUUCUUCAACAAAAUGUGACUCAGAUGCAGCAUGGGCGACUUGGCUUAGGAGCCAUGCCCUCACCAUCUGAGGCUGAGCUUUACCAAUAUUACCUGACCCAGAACAUGAGCCUUCCACCAGGCCUUAAGAUAGAUCCAGCUGGACCGGAAGCCCAGUUCCUGAUGGGGAGUUUUCAUCUGGAUCCCAGCAUGGCUACCUUGGCGCCUGCACUCGGUGGGGAAAUCCCAGUGGAUGUGCGUCUUGGCGGUGGGCAGCUGGUGUCUGAGGAACUGAUGACUCUUGGAGAAAGUCUAUCACAGACCACAGAUCCCUCCCUCAAGCUCUUUCAGUGUGCUGUGUGCAAUCGCUUCACCACUGACAACCUGGAUGUGCUAGGCAUGCAUAUGGGUGCCGAACGCAGCCUGCCAGAGGAGGAGUGGCGUGCCGUGGUGGGAGACUCUCAUCAGUGCAAGUUGUGCCACUACUCAACUCAGCUUAAAGCCAACUUCCAGCUGCAUUGCAAAACAGAUAAGCAUGUGCAGAAGUACCAGCUUGUUGCCCACAUCAAAGAAGGGGGCAAAGGCAAUGAAUGGCGCCUGAAGUGUGUGGCAAUAGGCAAUCCAGUGCACCUAAAGUGCAAUGCCUGUGACUACUACACUAACAGCCUGGAGAAGCUGAGGAUGCACACUGUCAAUUCACGCCAUGAGGCCAGCCUCAAACUGUACAAGCACCUGCAGCAGCACGAAAAUGCGGUGGAGGGAGAUGCCUGCUACUACCACUGUGUGCUGUGCAACUACUCGACCAAGGCCAAACUCAACCUCAUCCAACAUGUGCGCUCCAUGAAGCACCAACGCAGCGAGAGCCUCAGGAAGCUGCAGCGCUUGCAGAAGGGCCUGCCGGAGGAGGACGAGGACCUUAGCUCCAUUUUCACCAUCCGCAAAUGCCCAUCUUCAGACACAGGAGAGCUGAGCGAGGAUGUGGAGGCUGCUAGUGAGACCACCACAGAUCAGGAGGACCAAACCAAAGACAGAGAAAGUGGGGGGGAGAAGGAGCUCACCAAAGGGACAGGUGCGUCUGGCCACUUGGAACGGCACCAGUCGGAUUCUCCUCUUCCCUCCAAAAGGCCCUCUUCCCGCUCGGAGAUCUCUGACAGCCCGCUUUCCGUGAAGCGUCCCAGGACGGCUGAAAAGGGAACUGCGGAGCAGAUGUACCAGUGCCCCUACUGCAAAUUCACCAACUCGGACCUGAAUCGCCUCAGAAUGCACGUGAUGACACAGCACUCUGUUCAGCCAAUGUUACGCUGCCCACUGUGCCAGGACAUGCUCAACAAUAAGAUCCACCUGCAGUUCCACCUCACACACCUCCACAGUGUUGCACCCGACUGUGUUGACAAGCUAAUAGCCACAGUGACAGCCACUGAGGUUCUACCAGCAAGCAUGUUCAUACCAGUGCCUAGUCCAGACAAAGAGUCCCAGAGCACCCCUCUUGCUGCAGCCAACUCCAUCUCUGAGGACACAAAAAAGCAGACUGAUGCCACAGAUGCUGAUCCAGAGAAAGGGAUAUCCCUCACCACAGACAUAGCUGAAUCUCGCAAGUCACCUUCUGAGGAUCAGCAGUCAGAAAAGGAAGAUGCCACUGGUUUUCUGUGCUGGAAGAAAGGCUGCAGUCAAGUAUUUAAAUCCUCCAACUCUCUCCAAGUGCACUUCAACGAAGUUCACAACAAAAGGCCCCAGUUACCGGUUUCUGAUCGCCAUGUCUAUAAGUAUAGAUGUAACCAGUGCAGUUUGGCCUUCAAGACUGUGGAGAAACUGCAGCUUCAUUCACAGUACCAUGUGAUCAGAGCAGCUACUAUGUGCUGCCUUUGUCAGCGGAGCUUCAGAACUCUACAAGCCUUGAAGAAGCACUUAGAAACCAGCCAUUUGGAACUGAGUGAAGCUGAUAUCCAGCAACUUUAUGGAGGAUUAUUGAUGAAUGGAGAUAUCAUGGCAAUGGGGGAUCUGGCUCUUAAUGAGGAGCAUGGAAGCCUGGGAGAAGACGACAAAGAAGGAGAUGACAGUGACCCUGACGAGAAACAAAGUCCAACAGGUAGUGAUUCUGGCUCACUACAGGAGGAUUCUGGAUCCGAACCCAAACGAGCACUACCGUUCAGAAAGGGCCCCAACUUUACAAUGGAGAAAUUUUUGGACCCAUCUCGUCCAUUCAAGUGUACUGUAUGCAAAGAGUCUUUUACACAGAAGAACAUUCUGUUAGUUCAUUAUAACUCUGUCUCCCACCUACACAAGGUGAAAAGAGCUCUUCAGGAAUCCACUACUGGUCAACCAGAGCCAACCAGCAGUCCUGAUAAUAAGCCAUUUAAGUGCAGCACUUGCAAUGUGGCAUAUAGCCAGAGUUCAACUCUCGAAAUCCACAUGCGCUCUGUUCUACACCAGACCAAAGCCAGGGCAGCCAAACUUGAAGCAGCUGGAGGGAUCACUAGUUCUGCAAGUACAACUGGUCUAAUUAGCGGAGGGUCCAGCAUGAGCACAUCAACAACUAGUCCAAGCCCAGCUAAUAACUCUACUCCUAGCUCAGCAAACCACAGUUCUUCUGGAUCUCAGGCAGCUCAAAGUAUUCAUGGAGGAAAUCACAUGAAUCAGACUCAUGGCAUUGAAAGUUUGGGAAAUUCUUCAGCAAGCUGUCAUUCUUCAUCAUCUGAGAACCAUGAAGUAAAAAAGUCUAAAUUUAGUGAGCUUCUCUCUGCAAGAGGGCAACAACAACAGCAGCUUCAGCAACAACAGCAAUUGGCUCAAGCUCAGGCUCAAGCCCAGCUUCAGCAGGAGCUUCAGCAGCAGGCUGCACUUUUACAAUCACAGCUAUUCAAUCCAGCACUUCUGCAGCACUUCCCAGUGACAACUGAUGCACUUCUGCCUCUGCAGCAGCAGCAAUUACUGUUCCCUUUCUACAUCCCUGGAGCAGAAUUUCAACUUAACCCAGAUAUCAACAUCAGCAACUCUGUUCUCGGCCUAGCAGGAUCUGCAGCUUCUACCCUGCAAGAAGAUUUAAAAAACUCAGCCCAGCAGGCCCAGCAGAGUUGCUUGCAACAGCAAUUAAUGCAUCAUCAUCUACAACAGCAGCACCAACAGCAGCAGCAUCAACAGCAACAGCAGCAGCAACAGCAAGCUCACUCACAGGUUCAAGGGCAGAUGGCUUUGCUACAGCAGAGUGCGUCUCUUCUCCAGCAGGCUGAAAAAAAGCAGAAACAUUCCUCCUCAAAAGAUGAAAAAGAGAAAGAAAUACAAAAAGAGAAAGAUGUAACUGAGAAAAGUGAGGACAGUAUAAGCAAAGAUUCCACUGAAAGCAAACCAAAAGAAAAAAAGGACAUUCAGAACAUUUCACUAAACAUUAACCAAGAUUCUGGCAUGCUUCCACCUAGGAUUGCUUCAGAUGCUCGAGGAAAUGCAACUAAAGCCUUGCUGGAAAACUUUGGAUUUGAAUUAGUUAUUCAAUACAAUGAAAAUAAACAGAAAGCUCAGAAAAAGUCAAGUGGACCUACAGGUUCAAGUGGAAUAAUGAAGGUUGUAGAUCCCAUUGAGGGAUUAGAGAAACUGGAAUGCGAAGCCUGUGGCAAGCUGUUUUCAAACAUACUGAUUCUUAAGAGUCACCAGGAGCAUAUCCACCAGGCUUUUUUUCCUUUCAGAUCCUUGGAGAGAUUUGCCAAGGAAUACAGGGAGCAUUACGAUAAACUCUAUCCACUAAGACCUCCGACACCAGAAGCUAGUCCUGCUCCUGCCCCGCCUCCUCCUCCACCUCCACCUCCACCACCUCCCCAAAGAGCUCCAACACCAAAUAUUCCAGUCUCUGCAGCCUCACUCACUCCUCCCACUGUACCUCCUCCACAACCCCCAGUUCCAAUGACACAGAUACCUAUGCCAAUGGAUUUACCCUUGUUCUCUCCACUUAUGAUGCAGCCCAUGUCUCUGCAGUCCCUGCCCACUCAGUUGCCUCCUCAGUUACCUUCUGUCGAGCCAAGCUUGGCAUCGGACUUGGCCCAACUCUAUCAACAACAGCUUACACCUGCAAUGUUACAGCAACAGAACAAGAGGCCUCGGACUCGCAUCACUGAUGACCAGCUUAGAGUCCUGCGACAGUACUUUGAUAUAAACAACUCACCAAAUGAAGAACAAAUUAAAGAAAUGGCAGAUAAGUCUGGGCUGCCACAAAAAGUGAUAAAGCACUGGUUCAGAAAUACACUCUUUAAAGAACGUCAGCGCAACAAGGACUCUCCUUACAAUUUCAAUAAUCCUCCAACAACAACACUAGAAGAAACAAAGAUUGAUUCCAAACCUCCUUCCCCUGAACCUCAGAAACAUGAACUCUAUGGAAGUAAGAGAUCAUCUAGGACCCGGUUUACUGACUACCAGCUAAGAGUCCUACAAGACUUCUUUGAUGCAAAUGCUUAUCCGAAAGAUGAUGAAUUUGAACAACUCUCCAACCUUUUGAGCCUUCCCACUCGUGUUAUUGUUGUGUGGUUCCAAAAUGCUCGACAAAAGGCAAGAAAGAAUUAUGAAAACCAGGGUGAUGGAGCCAAAGAGGGAGAAAGGCGAGAACUGUCAAAUGACCGAUAUAUUCGUACAUCAAAUCUAAACUACCAGUGCAAGAAAUGCAGUCUGGUUUUCCAGCGUAUCUUUGACCUGAUAAAACACCAAAAAAAGCUGUGUUAUAAAGAUGAAGAUGAGGACGGGCAGUAUGACAGCCAAAAUGAGGAUUCGUUGGAUUUUUCCCAUGACAGCUAUACUCCCUCUGGGUCGUCCUGUCACACACCAAUGCCCUCCUCUUCAAGUCUUUGCCCUCUUCCUCCAUCAACGUCAGCAUUUUCACAACUCUCAUCGGCUGAGAAAGAGGAAGCAUCACCAGCAACCAUUUCAAACCCCUAUGAUGAAAAUACCAAACAGCUGCCAGAAAUUUCUAGUGAUCCACGAGAUACUCAAACUUCUAUAAAGCAAGAAAUCAUACUCCAAAACCAGUCUGAGCCCCAACAUACUAGAUCUCAGAGAGAGGAAAAGAUGCAUGUCUCUAAGGCUGUUAAGCAUUCAUCAUUGUCUCAGCAACAGCAGCAGUGUGGCCCAUCAUCUUCUCAGACAACCCAGGCAUCCUCACAGAGCUCCCACUUGGGCCUCAAUCCACACCUAUCCUCUGUUACACAGCAGCUGGCACAGCAGAUGAUUCCAUACCAGUGUGAGCAGUGCAAGAUUGGCUUUCCAUCCUUUGAGCACUGGCAAGAACACCAGCAAUUGCAUUUUCUCUCUGUGCAAAAUCAGUUCAUUCAUCCUCAAUUCCUUGAUCGCCCAAUUGACAUGCCCUUUAUGCUAUUUGAUCCCACCAAUCCCCUACUAGCAACCCAACUUCUCUCCGGUGCAAUGCCUCAGAUACCCAGCAGUUCUGCCACCUCUCCGUCCACUCCAACCUCCACUAUGAACUCCCUGAAAAGAAAGCUUGAAGAAAAGGCUAGUACUAGCCCUGGAGAGAAUGACAGUGCAAAUAGUGGAGAGGAACCACAGAGAGACAAGCGGCUCAGAACCACCAUUACACCUGAGCAACUAGAGAUCCUUUAUCAGAAGUAUUUAUUAGACUCAAACCCCACUCGUAAAAUGCUUGAUCACAUUGCUCAUGAGGUGGGAUUAAAAAAGAGAGUUGUGCAAGUUUGGUUCCAGAAUACCAGAGCAAGAGAGAGAAAAGGCCAGUUCAGGGCUGUAGGGCCAGCUCAAGCUCAUCGUAGGUGCCCGUUUUGCCGAGCUCUAUUCAAGGCAAAAACAGCCCUUGAGGCACACAUCAGAUCUCGUCACUGGCAUGAAGCCAAACGUGCUGGAUACAAUUUAACUCUCACUGGUUUGUUACCUGAGCAGGAGAGUAUGCAAAUUAAAAUGGAUGUUUUGGAUACGUCAGGCUACUCCCAACUGGCCUCCACAGUGAACAGUGAUGGACAAAGCUCCUCUAUGUCUCCAGUAAAUAAAAGCAUGGAUCUGUCUCCCAGGGGUCUGCUGAGCCCUUCAUCCAUCAAAGUUGAAGGAAUGGAAGACUUUGAGGGUGCAACAAUGUCCUCUGUGAACCUUAACUUUGAUCAAAACAAACUGGAUAAUGACGACUGUUCAUCUGUGAACACGGCAAUCACAGACACGACUACAGGGGAUGAGGCCAAUGCAGAUAAUGACAGUGCUGAUGCAAAACCCAGCCAAAACAGUGGUGAUUACCUAUCCAAGUCUGGAGGUACAUCCACUAUGCUCGAAAAUGAUGAUCAAAUGUCAUCAGGGUUAGUAAGCCCUGCAACAAGCUUUUAUGCUAAGGACUAUGAAAAUGAAAAUAUGAUUGACCACAGUGAGACAUCCAGCCUGGCUGACCCCUGCUCACCAAGCCCUGGAGCCUCAGGUACCAGGAGCAUUGACAGUGGAGACAGACCAGGCCAAAAGCGUUUCCGGACCCAAAUGACGAACCUCCAGCUGAAAGUGUUGAAGUCCUGCUUUAAUGACUACAGAACACCCACUAUGCUGGAGUGUGAGGUACUUGGCAAUGAAAUUGGACUUCCAAAGAGAGUGGUUCAAGUGUGGUUUCAAAAUGCCCGUGCCAAGGAGAAAAAGGCUAAACUGAACAUGGCUAAGCACUUUGGAAUAAACCAGACAUCUUACGAGGGGCCAAAGACUGAAUGCACAUUGUGUGCCGUUAAGUACAGUGCUCGCCUUUCUGUUCGUGAUCAUAUAUUCUCUCAACAACACAUAUCCAAGGUGAAAGAUACCAUUGGGAGCCAGAUUGAUAAAGAAAAAGAAUAUUUUGACCCAGCUACUGUUCGCCAGCUCAUGGCCCAGCAAGAGAUGGAUCGCAUUAAGAAGGCCAAUGAAGUUUUGGGUCUGGCACAACAGCAGGCCAUGCAGCAGCAGGGGAUGUUUGAUAACCCUGCUAUGCAGGCUCUGAAUCUCCAGUCAGCCUACCCAAAUCUGCAAGGCAUCCCACCUGUACUUUUGCCAGGGGUUGGUAGCCCUUCUCUAUCCAGCUUUAACUCAUCUAAUUCAGCUUUAACUCCUCCAAAACCCUCAAACCUCCUGAAUAUGACGGGUGCCAGUGUUCCCUCACCAAGCCUGCCCACUUCUGGAUUGCCUAAUAAACCUCCCUCUUCAGCAUCUCUUGCAGCAUCGAGCCCUGCCCAGACCAACACAUCUGCUUCUCACUCAAGCCCUACGCCCACAUCGAGCUCCACUUCCUCCACGACCGCAUCAGGCUUACGACCUAGACCCCACAAGGAACGUGAUGUUGAAAGUUUAAGAGAGAAGGAGAAGGAUAAACCCAAGGAAAAGACAGAAAAACCCUCAACUCCAUCUUCAACUGGAAGCACUCCAGCCCCUUCCACUUCUGCUGCAAGUGCCAAGAAGGAGAAACCAGACACAGCUGUUCCUGCCACCUCCAUGCCAACACCUGGUAUGGAGUAUGUGGUAGAUCCUGCCCAGCUUCAAGCUCUGCAGGCCGCUUUAGCAUCAGACCCCACAGCUCUCCUUACAAACCAGUUUUUACCUUAUUUUAUGCCAGGCUUUUCCCCUUAUUACACCCCACAGAUCCCUGGGGCUCUCCAGGGGGGCUAUCUGCAACCAAUGUAUGGUAUGGAAAGUCUUUUUCCAUAUAACCCAGCAUUGUCCCAAGCACUCAUGGGUCUUUCUCCAGGAUCACUAUUGCAGCAUUACCAGCAAUAUCAGCAAAGCUUACAAGAGGCACUACAGCAGCAGCAGCGGCAGCUUCAACAGAUCCAGCAACCCAAGGCAAGCCAAACUGCAGCUCCUACUCAAAACUUAGGGGAUCGCAAAGAGGCUGCCAAAGAUUCAGUCAAAACAGAGGAGCAAAAGAGCAACCCCCAAAGUGAAUCCCCCAUGUCCUCUUCCUCCCAUAACAAAGUAUCUUCUGAGCAGAACGAGAUAGAUGACAACGCUAUGGACCUUCAUCUAGACCAGUACAUUGUCCCCAAGGUGCAGAGUAAACUUGCCUGUCGCAAGUGUCAAGCUGUUUUCACCAAGGAAGAAGCGGCUAUUACCCACAUUAAAUCUAACUGUUUCUUUGGUCAAUCUGUGGCAAAUCUGCAAGAGGUGUUGCUGCGUGUCCCCAGUGGCGUAGGUGUAGGGGGCGAAAGUCUCUAUGACUGCUUGGCUUGUGACACUACGUUGGAUGGAGAGAAAGCACUCAGUCAACACCUGGAAUCGGCAUUGCACAAACACAGAACAAUCAAGCGAUCAGUCAGAAAUGCCAAAGAGCACGCUACUAGUUUAUUACCUCACUCUUCAGCCUGCUUCCCCAGUCCUAACACCGCAUCUACCUCGCAGUCUGCCACUCAUCCCAUCAGCAGCCCAUCUCCCUUGCCAACAACAUCAGCCACCAUGCCAUCCUCUGCUGUCUCCACUUCCCUGUGCUCUUCCUCUAAGGCCCAACUCAAUACCACAGCUGUCGGCAAACCCUGGCCCCAGGUCCCCUUCUCCAGAGCUUCAGCUGGAAAGCCCAGUGCUAGUCCCUCCUCCUCUUUUCCUCCAGUGUCCUCACCCUCAACGGUUACCUCAAGUUCAUUGAGCACCUCAGGAGUUCAGACCUCGAUACCAACAGACGUCUUUACCGACGAGUCUGACUCUGACAGCAGUCAGAAGUCAGCAGAUAGGCAGGCCAGGGCAACAGAGGAGCCGCAACAGCCUACCUAUGUCAAAGACAGUAAUAGUUGUAGUAGUAACCUGGCUAGUGUAGGAACAGACUCCAUCAGAUUGUAAAAGAGCUUUCAGUGAUGGACAAUAUUUAAAAAAAAAUACAAAGAAAAUGACAAAAAAACACAAAAAAUCAUAAAAAGCAGCAAUGUUAAAAAUACAUUAAAAGUAUACAAACCAGUUUCAGAAAAAGAUGUGUAAAGACUAAUUGCAAUUCCAAAGCUUGUAACCAAAAAUUAAAUGUUAGUGGAUUGUUUUCCCAUAUCAACAUGCUGGUUUUUAUUUUUUUUAUUUGUUCAUUUUUGUUAUGUUUAACCCAACUGAAAUCCAGGCAUACUAAGGUGUGAGGACAAGAAAGAUCAAAGAUCAUAGCAGUUAUAUUUUAUGUAAUAGUGGAAAAAUGCUGUACUGUAUGGCAAUGGACUGCCUCAAAGUUGGCAAAUGGCCCAAUAGCCCUUUUUUAAGGAAUGCAAGUAAGUAACCCAAUACUUUCUACGUAAGAGCACAGUCACUAAAAGCCAGUAUGUACUGUAUGGGAGAAUAGUCUGUUCAGUUCAGUUUUCUUGCUACUUAAGCAUUCAGAUACCAAUGGCUUGCAAAAGUAAAAGAAUAAUGUAAUGUCUAUUUUAUUCUCAGGUCAACAGCUCAAAGAUGUUUUUUUUUCUGUUACAGAGACUCACGUUUUACUUUUUUUUUUUUUUCCAAUGAGAUGAUUUUUUUUCCUUCUUUAACUUGAUUUCUAACAAAGUUUUAUGUUAAAUUUAAUUUAACAAGGCAUUUCUUCUGGGCAUUUUAAAGGAUUGAUGAUUAAUAUUUCUAAUUUUAAAAUCCUCAUGAAGUGAGGAAUUCCCAUGAAAUCCAGAUAAGCAUUGCAGACAUAGUAACGGGCAAUUUGAAAAGACUUUUGAUAAAAAAAAUAAACAAAUAAAUAAAACCUUCUGUAUUUAUGAUAGAUAUGAGCAUUUUUGGUGUUAAGUAGAUUGUUGCAUUGGAAAUGAAUUUCAACAGUAUGGUAGGUUGGGGAAAAAACUUUGUGUACAUUUAACUUUUGUAUUGUCUAAUUUUAAGACACUUCAUUUGAUGUUGACUUGGUCAUUCCAAUAGUCUAGGUUAAUGAGAGAUAAUUUAUCUAAACAUUGUUUCUGUCUUAUCAAACUCUUGUGAAACAUUCUCCCAAAUGCCCCUCUUGACAAGGCAGGAUCCUCUUUAGGAUCAAAAUUUAUUUAAUUUUGUGAUGUGGUUGGUAUUGUUCAAACCAAAUGAUCCUGGGUGAAAUACUGAGAGAUUUAUUUUUAAUUUAAUUUUUGUGUUAACUUUGUGCACUUGUCAGACUCCUAAUUGUCAUUCUUCUUGUUUCUUUCUUCGCACUUAUUUUCUCUUCUGCCCUGUGUUUGUAGUCAUGUAUACUACAAAGCAGGUACAUUGUUCUUCAUGUUGAGUGGCUACAUUGUUCUUUUUUUUUUGUUUUGUUUUGUCAAUUUUGUUUUCAUAAAUGAAAAAAAGAUUACUACUAAUAAUUCUCACGCUUUAAGACAAAAGAAAAUCCAAAGACUAAACACUUUCACCAUUGGUGCAUAAAGAUGAGAAAAGAGGCUUCUUUAUACUUGAGAAUUUGUUGCUGUUUUUUGAGGAAAGAACACAAAGUUUUAAAAGUUAAAGGAGUACGUAUCCAAGUUGCCAUUUCUGCUUGUUCGCAAGCAAGCGGGUAGCUUUUUUACGUAAAUAACCAAAAACCAAAAAGGGCCCUUGUCCUUGCAUUGUGGAGUAGCACCGUUACAGAGCCAUUGCAGUUUGUAAGAUAGAGGUUAUUGAUUUUUGUUUGACUUUUGUCACAUUUAAAUGUCCAUUUUUUUAAAGAAAAUGUAUAAGGUCUGGUCUUCAAGGACAUACGUUUUGCUGCUAAUGUAGAUUUUUGAAAAAACAAAAAUGAAAAAAAUUAAUACCUAGAUGCAUGCUCAUUUUGCUUUUGGCUAAGCUUUAACUAAAACAAACAAUAAACCAAUUUCUUGCCUCUGCAACACUUUUUUUUUUUCUUGUUGCAAAAACGGAACUUUGAAGACUGUGAAUAUUUGUUCCAAAGGACAUUUUGCGGAGUUUCUUUUUGAACAGACCAAUGUUUAAAGCCAAUGAUCUAUAACGUUUGUAAAGAACAGUGCAUUCCAAAUAUCACUAUGGAUUUUUCUUAAGCAAGGACUGAUCAAUCUAAUUUCAUUUGAUUGUUUUUAUUUUCACAAUCUAUUUUCUCUCAUUUUUUAAAAUGACUGUAAACUGUUGUGUAUAUUUUUUGCAUAGUUGGUUGCUGAACACAGUGACCUCUGUAUGUCAUUUUGUGCUGGCAUGGAACAUGGCUGAAAAUCCCUCCAUCCAAUCAAGGUUGUUGCUUACUUGUUAAGCAAGUAACAGUGGUUACCAAAAAAUGUAUAUAAUACAUCUGGUACUGAUGUGUCUCAUCUUUUGAUUUUUUUUUCUACAUUAUUGCCAUUCAACCUCCCCCUAAUCUCAGAGGGAAUCAAUGGCUUUUUGCUGAGGUCUUGUCACCCUUUCCCAGGAGGUCUAAUAGUGACUUGUUUCAUGUUUGUGCAGGGUACCACUUCCACUCUUAGAUCACAGGUUUUUAGGGGCAUCUUCAGUCCAAAGCAUUAUUUCUGCUGAAGAGUUGGAAGUUUAUUUCAUUUUAUUGAAUAUGUCCCUUGAUUUCAAACACUUCGGAUGCUCUCAUAUCCAAAGAAGUCAUCUAAUUAAUUUUGCUGGAAAGGAAAUGGUUGGUAUAGGUGCCCGCAUCUUCUCAUUUAAUGAUGUGAAACACAAGAUUUUCUAAACCGAAACCAAGGUGUCUUUAAAUUUUUUGAGUAAAAAACUUGUGGUCAAUAUUAACCCUAAUGAAUACAAGGCACAAUCUCUAAAAUGUUUAAAAACGUGCUACUUCUGGCAGAAAAAUGUGACUUGGUGUUAAUACCUUGCUGUGCUGUUUAUGUCAGUAGCUCUAGUCUUCAAGCUUGAAAAUUCUCAAAUCCAGUUCCUUGGAAUACUGUUAAUGAGUACCUUAAGUUAUCCAUUUUACUGUUUCAACUAUGUUUUGUUUUCAUAUUUUAUUUUUUAAAGAUUGUUAAAUAUAUAUUAUUUUCUUUUGUUUGCAAUUUGCUUUUAUUUCUGUAUAUUACUUUUAAUCAUAAAUUAACACUAGCUUUAAUUUGAAUUGCUGAAAUUAAGAUAAACAAACUAAAAUGACCUGGCCACUUUAUGGUGUGACAAUGUUCUUUAUAUUCACUGUUUCAAUGUCAUUGUUUGUUCUCUGUUUACUCAAAGUGUAAUCGUGGGCUCUCUUGUGGACCACAAAGUUGAGGUCUCCACAAUAGACUGAUGCCAGUAUGGGUGUGUUUUGUGUGCCUGUGUGUAUCUGUGUGUAUUUCAGAAGAGCCAGCAUCAAUUCAACUUUUUUUCUUGUUUGCCUUUUUUAUUUUUUCAUGUGUUACACACCAAAUAAACAGAACCACAAAGCUGGAUUGUGAUAAAAUUCUUAACAAAUCAAACUGAAACAUAAUAGCUCUUAACGAGAACGAUGAAACCGAAGCACUGAGCAGUUUUUAACAUUGAUUGAAUAUGUUAAUGUGGCCAAAGCUUUUAUGCAGUUGUGACAAAAAAAAAGCGACAAUUUCUGCCCCAUACAAGUGCAUAUUUUAUAGUGGCUACAAUAAAUUUUAUGCGCGUUACACAUUGGGAUACAUUUAAUGGACACUUACAAGAGAAAGACAAAGACAAGAUUUUGCUGUAGAGGUCUUUUUUUUUGCCCACUGUGAAACAUGUACCUGUAUACAGAUAUAGAUAUAUUUAAAGACUUUUUUUUCUCUGUUUUUAGUCUUUGAGAUGAAGAAAGAAUGAAAAUGAAUAAAAUGGACUCUGGGAAGCUUUGGAGACCUCGUUAGGAGGACACGAGAGGCUGCGGGCACACCAAAACUGGGCACGAGAGCCAAAGGCAGGCUCAAAACAGCUUUAAAAACCCACCUCUUUAUUUGAUUACUGACAUCUCUAUAAUGGGAAUGGACUCUGGAACCAAUGGACUUGUGUGACACAGAGGGAAGUCUUUAAAUGAAACUGAACUUUAAGUGGCUCCAGCUGCCUCUAACCUCCCCCACCCCAACCCUCCAUCUGUCCUUUCUUUCUCUAGCUCUGCCUCAGCUUCUGCUCUUUGAUGGACAUUUUUCAGAUUUCAGGACAGAAUGGACAGAGAUGCUUGCUUCAUUUCUUCCUCUUCAUGUUGCCACCCGUUUAAUUUUCUUGUGCUUGUCUCUGGCUGACAAGUACAGCUCUCCAGUCAAACGGCGACUCACCCCUCUCUGUGUUGGUUACAUAAUCUAAAUAGGGAAAUUAUUAACAUAGAGAGGGGACGAGUUCUCAGAGCUGUCUUUCUUAGAGGCAGACACUAAAAAAAAGCAUAAUAACCAAAAUUACCAACCAAACUAACAACCAAACAACCAUUUGCUCCAGCUUCAAAGAUGAACUGUAACCUGGAGCGCUCUGUUCUUUUUGUGACUUCUGGUGCCACAAUGUUUUUUUAUGCUUUUAGUUUUUCUUUCCUUUAAUUACUCCUCCUUUGAGCCUCAUAAGCAUGGCUCUGUGGCUCCAGGAAGCCCAUCUGAGGGUAGAAAAAAACAGCCUUGCAAUGUACAAAAAAGAGCAAGUUAAACCAAAAAUGUUGUUCUUGAUGUCUUUUCUAUACUGUAGUCUUGUUAGUUUUUUUUUCUUUUUUUUUUUUGUUACUGUAAUUAUAUGAAGAUUUCCAGACUGUACCAAAUUACAUGGAAACUAACAUACAUACAUGGAACUUCAGACUUUUAAAGAAACUUUUGUCACAAAACCUUGUUGUCCUAGUUAAGUUGAUUGUAGAUGGUAAUUGAAUAUACUCCUUUGAAAAUAUUUCAUCAAGUAUGUUUCUUGCUCAUUGUGAUACAUUAAAAAAGUAUGAGCAUAAACUGCA